AUGGUUUGGCUUAAUUUAAAUGGCAAAGUGAGAUCAUAUCCUGUUCAACCAAAGUUUUCAAUAGGUGAUAAAGUUAGAAUAACUAAAAAGAAAGGAGCGUUUGAAAAACGGUACACACCAAGAUGGAUUAAAGAAGUAUUUACUAUAUCACAAACUCAAUUCACAAAUCCACCAACAUAUAAAAUAGCUGAUCAUAAUAAUGAAGAGAUGCAGGGCACUUUUUAUGAACAAGAACUGCAAAAAACGAAUCAAGAGAUAUUUAGGGUUGAAAAAAUUAUUCGUAAAAGUAGAAACAAGUCGUUAGUAAAGUGGUAUGGGUAUCCUGAGACUUUUAACUCAUGGGUUGAUAAUAAAGACUUGAUGCAACUGAACUAG